AUGUCUGAAAUUAUUGAUGAAAAUAAUGAACUUAAUCAUGAUAUUGAGAAAGAUCACCGCAGUAAAAAAGAAACCUCGGCCUUACUUACUUUAAGUUUAGCUUUCAAAUCGAUAGGCAUUAUAUAUGGUGAUAUUGGCACUUCUCCCUUAUAUGUAUUCACUGGAAUAUUUUCGGAUCCACCUACGGACCCUCAAGACGUUUAUGGUGCAUUAUCUUUGAUCAUCUGGUCAUUGACAAUCGUGCCAUUGAUCAAAUAUGUUUUCAUAGUACUCAGAGCGGAUGAUCAUGGUGAAGGUGGCACUUUUGCUUUAUAUUCAUUAUUAUGUCGUCAUUCUGGACUCUCUGUACGCGGAAAUGAGAAUUCCGAUGACCUAACGAUUGCGAAUUACGAUACUAUGUCAAUUAUUAGUUCUAAGGAACACCCAAACUUUAUCAAGCGCAGUAAAACUGUGCAGUCUACUUUACUCAUUGUAGUCCUUCUCGGCUCUUCCUUGGUUAUGAGUGAUGGUCUGCUAACUCCUGCUAUUUCCGUAAUUUCUGCCGUUGAGGGUAUGGAAAUCCCUGCGCCAAGUUUAGAAUCGGGUAUUGUUCCUCUUAGCUGCAUUAUUAUUGUUUUAUUGUUUAUGGUACAACAAUUUGGUACAGCUAAGGUUGGAAGUUUAUUUGCUCCGAUUGUCGCUCUUUGGUUUAUCGCUCUCUCUUGUAUUGGCAUUUGGAAUAUUACUUACUAUCCUAGAAUUUUUGAAGCUUUUAAUCCCUAUCAUGCCAUUAAUUAUUUCAUACGAAAUCAAGGUUCUGGGUUUACUGAUCUUGGUGGAGUUCUAUUAGCUAUUACUGGUGUAGAAGCAUUGUUUGCAGAUCUAGGACAUUUUAAUCGCAGAGCCAUUCAAAUCUCUUUCCCAUGUUUUGUUUAUCUUCCUUUGGUUUUGGUAUAUUCAGGCCAAGCUGCUCGUUUAGUUGUAGAUCCCAGUGUAAUUGCAAAUACUUUUUGGAGAACUACUCCUAAUCAUCCUGUUGUUUAUUGGAUUGUAUUUGUUUUGGCCAUUUUAGCUACAAUUAUAGCUUCCCAAGCUAUGAUUUCUGCUACUUUUUCUUUAAUUUAUCAAUCUAUGCAAUUAGACUGCUUUCCUGACGUCAAGGUUAUUCAUACAUCAAAAAAAGUUACAGCUGUUGCAUCUGUGAUGAUUAUCACCACAGCACUCUUAGCAAUUGUAAUUCAUCAAGUUUGGCAUCUUCCUAUUUUUGUUUCAGUUAUAUUCUUUCUUAUUUUUGGCACUGUUGAUGCUUCGUUUUUGGGUGCAACUUUACGAAAAGUUGAGAAUGGUGGUUGGCUUACUUUGCUUGUGGCUAUAUGCCUUGCUAUUAUUAUGAUUAUAUGGAGAUGGGGUACUGUUCGUAAGAUACGUUAUGAACUCAUACAUAAACCCAACCUUGGUAAAAUUUUUGAAAAUUCAGGAAAACCUGAAAAACCUAUUCCCUCUAGUAUCACUAUAAAUGAAGAUUCUCAAAUCUCUCAAGAGGUUUUACAUCAAGAUGGGAAAGUUGACGUAGUACAGCUACGUCUAUCAGGCUCUGAAAAUCAUUUGACACGUUCUUCGGGUAUUGGCCUAUUCUAUAGUGGUGCUGGUUCUAAGGUCCCUCUUUCUUUCUCUCAUUUUAUAAAGCACUUCCCAAUAGUACCUCAAAAUCUCGUUUUUAUCACAAUUCGGCCUAUAGCUGUUCCAAUAGUUGGUGAUAAUGAUCGUUUAAUUGUGAAAAAAGUUGGGAAUUAUGAAUGUUGUUAUCAUGCAACUGCUAGAUAUGGUUAUUCAGAAGAAGUUUCACAAGGAAAAGACUUUAUUUUAAAAUUAGUUGAAUCAAUUCAAAAUAUUGAUCCUUCUAACAAAACUUUAAAGAAAGACUUUGAUAAUAUUGAUGAUAUUACAUAUGUUUUAGGCGAACAAUCAUUUUAUCCUAGACCUGGUUCUUCAUGGUGGAGAAGAUCUUUGGUUAGAAUAUAUACUGUUUUGGUAGUUAAUUCUAGAAAGCAAUAUGAUAAUUUGGAUAUUCCUGUUGAAAAUACUAUUGGUGUUGGUAUGAAAAUUGCGCUUUAA